AUGGCGAUGCUGUUGGAUGGUGGAGCCCAGUUUCCGAGCCUGGGCGUCGGUGGUUUCGCUGGCCCGCGGCACCAUGAGGUUCCCAGCCGGGAGCCGGCCCUGGGCCUCAGCCCGUUCUGCGACUCGCCUCACCCUGGAGCUUUCAAGCUGAGCCCGGCGGCCCCGGAGCUCUCCGCCGGCCAGGCGUCCGCUUUCAGCCCGCAAGGAGGUGGCUACGCGGCCGCCCUGGCUCCGCACUCCGCUCCGGUCGGCGCCUACCCCGGGACACCCUUCAACUCCAGCCGGGAGUUCCUGUUCCGCAGCCGGAGCGUGGGCGUCGCCGACUGCCCGUCCACCAGUGCUCAGCAAGGCAUCUUCCCGUCUCCGGGAGGGGGUCUCCACGGCCCCCCGGGGGUCAGUGACAGUCCGGGAGCCCUCCUGUUUCCAGCACUACACGACCAGGCGGCCACUCAGCCCUCUCCCAAUGGGCAUGUGGUGAACGGACAAGUGCGGCUGGGCUUUCACGGAGAUCUCUUCGGCAGAGGGGACCCUUACCGAGCGGUGGCCAGCCCCCGCACUGAACCGUACCCUCCCAGCCACCUCCACAACUACAGCCCCAUGAAUGUUAGCGGCCACCACCACCACCACCAUCACCACCAUCCCGGAGCCGGCGCUUUCCUCCGCUACAUGAGGCAGCCCAUUAAGCAGGAGCUGCCCUGCAAGUGGAUCGAGGAAAUUCAGAUUUCUCGCAGCAAGAAGGUUUGCGAGCGGACUUUCGGCAGCAUGCAUGAACUGGUCACUCACAUCACCAUCGAGCAUGUUGGGGGACCUGAGCAAAGUAACCACAUUUGCUACUGGGAGCAGUGCCCUCGCGGCGGCAAAUCCUUCAAAGCGAAAUACAAGCUCAUUAACCACAUCCGAGUGCACACGGGCGAGAAACCCUUCCCCUGCCCCUUCCCGGGAUGUGCGAAAAUCUUCGCCCGUUCGGAAAACCUCAAGAUUCACAAACGGACCCACACAGGCGAGAAACCGUUUAAGUGCGAGUUUGACGGUUGCGACAGGAGGUUCGCCAACAGCAGCGACCGUAAGAAACACAUGCACGUCCAUACUUCCGACAAACCGUACAUCUGUAGGAUGUGUGACAAAUCUUACACUCACCCCAGCUCCCUCCGCAAACAUAUGAAGGUACAUGAACCCCAGGGUUCAGACAGCUCUCCCGCUCCGAGUUCCGGUUAUGAAUCUUCCACUCCCCCCAGCCUGCUGUCUUCAAACAGCGAGGAGCCGAGUAAAAACCCGGGUCCGGCCGCACACAGCACCACCAACCCGAACCCGCCGCUGCCGCCCAAUUUUAACGAGUGGUAUGUUUGA